AUACCCCAGGCUUUGGCGCGAGUUAGCUAUGCGCUAGCACAGACCAGUUGUUUAAAUCAGUACACAAGCGAACGUAGAACGGACAAUACUUAGAGCGAAAUUUUUAUUUUUUUUUAUUUUUGUUGUAUUCUAAAUUCGUAAAGCAGAAAUAUGCAAAUAUAUUCAUGUAUUUUCAGUGUUAUUGGGCACUCUAGAAAAGUAAAUGCGAAGCGUAAUAUCUCGAAAUUGGCCGCUUAUCAGUUGCAAGUGUGUAAACGAAGCUACUCGGAACUAGCUUAUUUCCAUCAAACAGGUAAGGAGCCACUACGUUACAGCACACUGGGCGCGGAGGUACAAAGGGCCGCUGCGAAAUAUGGAGAUCGGCCUGCGCUCAUUUCGUGCUACGAGAACAAGCGUUACACCUUUGAAGAGCUCAAGUUUGAAGCUGAAAAGCUGGCGGUGAAACUGCAAGAACUGGGCAUGCAGCGCGAGGAUGUUGUGGGUCUCUGGAUCACGAACAAGACGCAAUGGUACAUUGGUUAUUUGGCCUCACAGCUGGGCGGAUUUGUGACCGCUUGUAUAAAUCCAGCGCUGCAGGCGCAGGAACUCAGCUAUGCGUUGAAGAAGGCCAAAGUUAAAACGCUAAUAACUACGGAAAAAUGCGGCAAACAGAACUUUUAUGAAAUCUUGAAAAGUAUAUUACCAACUGCAAGUGCCAAGGGAUCUCUUGCCAUUGAUGACAUAGAAUUUCCAUAUUUACGACACGUUCUCAUAGAUACCGAAUCCUCAUUGGGAGAGUUCAUAAAUUGGGCUGAAUUGCUGAGUCAAACGUCUUCAACGCAAGCUAAACUCAUCGAAGAGUUGAAUGAAAAUGUGAAAAAUAUUCGACCGGAGAGCGCGAGUAGCAUACAAUUCACUUCGGGCACCACCGGUCUACCCAAGUUAGCGGUGCUGAGUAACUUCAGUUUUGUCAAUCAAGGCUACUAUUUUGGACGCUCCCUCAAGAUACACAACGCUCACAAGUAUAUAUGUAUGACAUUGCCUAUGUUCCACGUCUUCGGUUUGACCGUGUUGAACGCGGCCAUAAGUCAUGGCGCUACAAUAGUGCUUCCCAGUCCUACAUUCAAUAGUGUGGCGGCACUGGAGAGUGUGGCUAAGGAGGGUUGCAACCUCAUAUCGGGCACGCCAACGAUGUAUGUAGAUAUGUUGGAAAAGCAGAAGGUCUUGAAGAAAGCGGUACACACAUUAGAGCUCGGUGUUGUGGGUGGCGCGGCUUGUUCACCCGAGGUCUAUGCGCAAACAAAAAAUAUAUUAAACUUGAAUUACUUCUUGAUCGGCUAUGGCAUGUCAGAAGGAAGUGCCGCAUUCUUCAUGCAAGAGGGCACAGAGAGCUUGGAGGAAGCGUGUCAAACUGUGGGACGCUUGUACGAUCAUGUUGAGGCGAAAGUCAUCGAUGAUAAAGGAGAGGUUGUGAAGUUGGGAGAGGCGGGUGAAUUAUGUAUUCGUGGCUACUUAGUAAUGACGGAAUAUAAAGACGAUGAGGACAAAACCAAAGAAACACUGGAUAAGCACGGCUGGCUGAAAACAGGUGACAAAUUCAUACUACAAGCUAACGGUGUUGGGCGUAUUGUUGGACGUAAGAAGGAUAUUAUAAUUCGUGGUGGUGAAAACAUAUAUCCAAAAGAGAUCGAAGACUUUCUGGACACACAUGAGGACAUCGUAGAAGCGCAGAUAAUUGGUGUGCCCGAUGAACGUAUGGGUGAGGAGAUUUGCGCAUAUCUACGCUUGCGCUCUGGCGCAAAUACACUCACCGAGGAGGAUGUGAAGAAAUUCUGUAGCGGUAAAAUAGCGCACUUCAAAGUGCCGCGCUAUAUACGAUUCGUGGAAGAAUAUCCGAAAACCACUUCGGGAAAAAUCAAAAAGUUCGAACUGCAGGAGUGGUUCAAAAAGGAAUCGGAGAGUUAGAAUAGAACGUAUUCGAGAAUGCAUACCAAAGAAUACAGGUUAUUGACAUUUCUAUUGUAUCUUCACUGACUGGUGGUAGUUUUUGUGUUUUUUUAUUUACAUGAAUAGUGUUU